AGGGGAUCUCGCACUUUGGAGGUUUCGGCACGCAUACAAGAUUACUUCUUUGUGUCGCCUUUGCCUCGUUCAGCCUGUAUUUCUGGAUGUUUGGCAUAGCCGAGUCAGAACCCGGCAUCACCCCUGGGACAGGCCACCCCGAGGACGCUCAUUGCUUGUCUCUAUAUACCUUCAUGUUUUCACCAGUCCGGGCGAAUGGAGGUAUCCGCAUCUUCUACAUUGUCAUGUGUAUAAUCCACUUGAUCUAUUGGGGCAUCAUGCUCAUUAUCUCGUCCAUCGCUGCUGUCGCCAGGUCGGGGAAGAUGUAUACCCUCUUCAAAGCGAACCAGUACAGGACGACGUCCAGACUUCACUAUGCUACUGGCCUCAGUCAACAACAGCUCCGCUACAUCUACAACUUCCACCGCUUCUCAACUAUGUUCUGGAUGAUACUAUCCGUCAUUAUUGUCGAGUUCACGCUCAACUACAAUAAAAUGUACGACGUACUAGGUUGGCGCGGCCACCUCUUCUUUCCAUCCCAACUAAUUCCUCUUACCAUCGGUAUUUGUGGCUUCUUCCGCGUCAUUUACGUUAGCUUCGAACAGUGGAGGUCGCCCGAGGAUGCCGAUCCCUCCCUCUCUGUCGACGAACCUCUGACGCCCCUGAAGGUGUCGUCCAUGCCUCAUGGCAAGAACAAGUUGAAGCUGUUUGCACGUGGCUCGACCUUUGCAGGCCGACGGACCGAGAAGCAUCAUAGUAACGAGAUGGAUCCACUCUUGGACGGCCAACCCUUAUAUAUCAGGCUCUUGCUUUCUUACCUGCCUUGGUUGGUCCUCGUCCGAUGGUGGCAUCUAAGGGACAGAGAUUACGAGCAGACCACGUACUCUCAGCCAACUGUGCCUACUCUGCAGGUCUCUGUAACAAGGCCGGACCCUGUCAAUAUCGGCAAGCACGAGAGUCGGGGCAGUGGCAAGACGGAUGUUGAGUCGCCGCAGCAAAACCCUGGGAGGAGGAAUGAUGGAAUUACUGAGCAAGAAUCAUCUAGGUGAAUCAAUCCAUUUGAGUGGGUGCCGACCAGCGGAGCAUACAUGGCACCGGUCGUCAUGGGCAG